AUGCGACCAGGCGCCCGCGCGGGCGCCUGGAUUUGUGGCCCCUUCCUGCGCAUUGCUAAUGCUUCUCCCGAUGACGUGCAGAAUUCCAAUCGCGACCAGAUUCAUCGUCUCGCUCCACCUUUCGUUCCUUGCGUUCCUUUCGCUCCAAAUCAGAACGUCCCGGGAGCAGUGCGUCAAACUACACCGACGUCUCCCGACCAUCCUCGCGCCUACGAGGGCCCUCUAAUCUCGCAGGCUCGUGUCUCGUUCAAUUCUCAGUCCGUGAACUCAACCGCCGGGGUGAUGGAGGUCGAUCGCAGGCAGACUCGGAGGGAACGAACCUUCGUGGGCAGCGAAUGUGCCGUCUGUGAGGAGCCACUCGAGCACACGCUGCGGGGAGAGCGGGUCCUGCAAUUUUCAUGCAGUCAUGUCUCCCACGAGGCAUGCUUUUAUGAGUUCAUCCGAGAGUGCGAGUCCCAGUAUUGUCCGACAUGCAAUGCGCCGCUCGGGCUGGAUACAAGCCGCGGUGGAAACGUUUUGGAUAUCGAGAAGAUCAGCAACAUCGUGCGCUCAGUGACCAUGAGCGACACCGCGACCUUGCGCAGUGGUGUCGAAACGCCCACACCAUGGGAACAGCCGUCCAGUCGCCGAGCGCCCAGUGACGCCGGCAGCCGCUUUACCAACCCACAGUCUGCGACAUCAGUCCCUUCCACAUAUGUUCGACACGACAGCCGCGAUGCGGCAAUGCAACGAGAGCGGGUCGAGCGCAUGGCAACCGCUGCACCCUCGUCCAUCCCAGACUCUCGGCAACGGCAGCAUUCUCGCAGCGGCAGCGCGGCCGGCUCGUCUGGUGACUACCAUGAGGGCCAACACCCGAGCAGCGGACGGCGCCACGACUACGACGUACAGGCGAUGGAGUCUGAAGUGAGCGCUCGUCCGAGCGUCGUCAAGAACCCCAUUCCCGCCCCGAUUGUCACAGUCCGCAGCGAAUUCCCCACAAUGAACCGAUCACGCCAACAGCAGACAUUAACGUGCUUGAUCACCGUGGAAGUGCCCGAGGCAAACUGGCGGCCCGCUGUGGAUGACUUGAGACCUCCGCCGGUGGCAGAGGCAUCAGUGACCGAGGAGCCCCAGUCGGCCCGGCAAGGAAGCUUUCAGCACGAUCCUCGAUUUGAUGCUCGGUCCAUUCAAUUUGAGCCGACAGAAAACUUAGACGAGGUUGCGGAGACUUUGCGGAAACGCGUUGACAAUUGGCACGGGCUAGAAUUCUCAAGAUUCGGGAAACUACGCCUGCAUGGCAAAAUGCGCGUGGGCAAGGAUCGCGAGUCUUGGCAAGAGUUAGAGUGCUAUCUAUUCUCAGAGAUGUUGAUCUGUGUGAAGGAAAAGAAGAGCUCCGACUCUCACCAAUACGACGAGAAGCGUAAACCGACACGAUGCACCCUUAAAGGUUCCAUCCUGAUCAAAAAGCACUUGAAAUCGAUCGACGCGGGAACCGAAGAACCAAUUCUUUCCCUGAAUCUCUCUGUCAGCGAACUUCCCUGCUUCUAUUUGCGCUUCCCCAAUCGCCCUCAGUUAGAGAUCUGGUAUCGAGCGCUGACAGGCCGCCACUCGGGGGAACUCUUGCCUCGCGCACAUCACGACUACGACUACGAUCAUUUGGGAGCUGAGGAGGACGACUACCGGGGUGGGCGGAUUCAACGGCAGGGCUCCCUGACCUCAUCUAAUGGUGCAGGAAAGUCCAACAACACCACCUUGACGGACUACACCAACCCUGAUGGCGAGAAGCUUCCCCUUCACCCCUUCCAUAUUCCGAUCGAUAUUGUCGUGGUCAUUCCAGUCUCCUCUUCGAUGCAGGGCUUGAAAAUCACGCUUCUUCGUGAUGCCCUGCGAUUUUUAGUACAAAGCUUGGGUGCCAGAGAUCGCAUGGGAUUGGUGACCUUUGGCUCCGGUGGUGGCGGGGUGCCUUUAGUCGGCAUGACUACCAAGUUCUGGAAUGGCUGGGGCAAGGUGCUUGAGUCGAUCCGCCCCGUUGGUCAGAAGAGCCUGCGUGCGGACGUUGUUGAAGGUGCCAAUGUCGCCAUGGAUCUGCUCAUGCAGCGCAAGUUUAACAACCCGGUUUCGACCAUUAUGCUGAUCAGCGACUCUUCUACCUCUGAUCCUGAAAGUGUCGACUUUGUUGUCUCCCGCGCCGAAGCUGCUAAGGUUGGCAUCCAUUCUUUCGGUCUUGGACUCACCCACAAGCCGGAUACCAUGAUUGAGUUGUCCACUCGCACGAAGGGCUCCUACAUGUACGUCAAGGACUGGAUGAUGCUUCGGGAAUGUGUGGCCGGCUGUCUCGGUGCCAUCCAGUCGACCUCACACCAGAAUGUCAAACUCAAGUUACGGCUUCCCGAGGGGUCUCCUGCCAAAUUCGUCAAGAUCAGCGGUGCUCUCCAUACGACCAAGCGCGCUACUGGUCGAGAUGCGGAGGCUGCAUUGGGAGACCUUCGCUUCGGCGAUAAGCGUGAUGUAUUGGUACAGCUCGUGAUCCAACCGGAUAAUGCCACGCAAGAAAGCAUGCCCCAAGACCCUUGGGAGAGCCUGGUCUCGGGCCUAGAGGCUCUGAGCGGCGGUCUUGACGGUGAUGAGCAGCGCGUCACGAGUGUCGAAGAGGUGCCAUUGAUUCAGGCAGAUCUGACAUAUGGUGACCUUCUCCGUGACGGUCAUCUUACGCACUCGCCCCGCCCUUCGCUCUUGGCUAUCACCAUGCUUCCGCCCAACCCACGGUCUCGAAAUCAACGAUCAUCUACUCCUCCCAUUCCCCCUCACCCUUCGAUCGUACAGCGCCGCAUGGAGUUAUUGACGUCGGACAUGCUGACCAGAGCUUUGACGCUAGUCUCGCGAGGGCAGCAUGAUCGGGGCCAGCAUCUUCUGAACGAGACCCGCAGUAUUCUCAAAGGACUUGGUAAAGGGGGGCUGCCUCCACUUCCCCCCGGUGCCUCCAGACAGGGGGGCGGAACAAGCGACGCGGGCAGUAUUCGCGUGGAGACGCCCACGUCAAGCUCUCCCAAAUCAUCCAACUUUGGAGACGGCCACAUUUCAUCCGCAUCGGAAACAAACACUAUCACAGCGUCAGCCUCCGUCGAUGGGAACCCUAUGAGCGCGUUGAACGCCGAUCUCGAGGCUGCUCUGGAGUGGAUCAACCAUCCAGCCAUCUUCAGUCGUGACUCUCGCAAGGCGGUACUGCAAAGCAUCGGUGUGAUUUCAUCUCAGCGUGCCUUCACUUUCCGAACGCCGUCCGAAGCUCACUGGGCUCAGCGGAUUCCCGGAAUUCGUCGUCUGACGGAGAAGUCCAAAGAUUGGCGCGAGAUGGGCGACGAUGCCUUGACUGAAGAGUGA